GAGCGGGACCCUAGUAUGUUUCGAUCAGUUCUGAGUGGCAUGUCUUGCACUGCGGUUUAGUCGGAGGUGCUCAAAUCUUAAAUACAAUUUAGCGUUCGAUAAAAAUAAGCGGCGGUGUUUAGGAACAUGAUUGUUCCUCAUGAUAACGUACCAGUUUCGUUGCGUAAACCUCCAUAUACCAGAGAAUUGUUAUUACACGAGAGCGCCUCCACAAUGGAACAGAGUAUUCCCAAGAACCUCAACCCUCACAUGUUCCGCGAGUGUGAAGAAGAUUCAGCUCUAACGAAUGGUCCUGAUCCGGUGGAAAGUGAUCCGUCGACCAAAGAGGCCUUUGGCUCCACUGCCGUAGCUAUUUCGUCGUCACCCUCCACCACUAGCACCACCAAAGUGACGCUGAGUUUUAGUGUUGACCGUCUUUUGGCCUCCGAACCUGUUAGGUACCACUGGAAGAACUCUUCAUCUGCUUCAACAGGGUCAUGCUGCGAUGGUGGUAUCUUUUGUUUUUGCUCGUCCCCACAUUGUUUUAGCCAAGAGAAACUCGUAACUCUAAAAAGGGAACACACUCAGGUCCCCGCAAGUACGGUACCGGCGCCAACGCACGCAUACCGCUAUAUGGGACCUGAUCAAGUAUAUCCUACCCUGUAUACUGGUUACAAAUCAGUGAUAAGACCGACGCCAUUAAGGGCAGCAAGUCACGCAGCGGAAACCAAUUAUCCCGAUCUGGCCGCAAGAGCUCUACUGCGCCUUCAUCAACAUCAAAAAGAACAGCAUCAACAUCACAACCCACACAUCCACAAGAUUUCGAGUGUGCAGUUUACGCAGCACCAGCGAUUUCUGGGCAAGACGCAGCAGCAAAACGGCGAUAUCACUCCUAAGUCGCCCAAAUCCGCCAUUGUGAAACAAAAUGUAAGCCCCCCACAACAGGGAAACAGCAACACUUUUGGAGGCAACAAUGGGAAGCGCAAACGCUCCUGGUCGCGAGCCGUCUUUACGAAUUUGCAGCGCAAGGGUUUGGAGAUCCAGUUUCAGCAGCAAAAAUACAUCACCAAGCCUGAUCGCCGAAAGCUAGCGACUCGACUGAACCUCACCGACGCUCAGGUUAAGGUGUGGUUCCAAAACCGUCGCAUGAAGUGGCGGCACACGCGGGAGAAUCUAAAAAGCGGGCAGGAAAAGCAAAGUACCGUACCAGCACCCGAAAGUUCCGUGAAAGCUUUUACGCAAUCGGAAGGUAGUACUCACCAUGUAGCUAUCGAUUACAGUUCUGAUAGUUGUUCUAGCGUGGAUCUAAGUGAAGAGCCCGAUGACGAUGAUAAUAUUGAGAUUAAUGUGGUGGAGUAGGCCCAAAUGUAUAUGUUCGUUUUAUGCAAUGUAGAUGUAUUUACUUUAAUCGUUAAUAGCCGUAAUUUAGAUAAAUAAACUAAAAAGAUUUAAUUUA